GGCUGCUGGGACACGUGACGGGACGCGCAUUCUCGGUGGUCACAGUGUAGCAAAGCCGGGGAUACAAUGUAUCAGCGGCACAGGGGAGCGACUGGAGAACGGGGUCUCAGCUCUGUGUGCGGAUGCAUGGAAGGUGGCUCUGAAUCAUGCGAUUUCCUUAUCUGAGCUGCUCCCUGCUCUUUAGUUUGACUGGAAAUACACUAAGAGUAGCUACAUUAAAAUCAAAGCCAAGCGAAACCCAUGCGAGAGGCAUUCUAGUAACUUUUCCAGUCGUGGGAACAGCUAUUCAUUGCGGAUUUGUGCCAUGGACCUGGGAGGCCAGGGUGUGAUAAACAAAAUUUUAUGGUGCCAUAACUACACUAUGGACAGCCUGAUGAUCAGAUAACAGGUGCUAGAAAGUGAGAAAUUGGAAUGUGUUGUCAAGGCUUGACGGAAUUGUUCUUGUAUCAUCAUUAAACUUUGCAGCUCGAUGAAAUGCAGACAUUCCUGAGAAAUGGAGGACAAGGGAACACCACUGGGUGCGAUAGUCUGUCUCAGUGCUCCUGUGUUCUGGAACGUUUACUAUCCAGUGACCCCUGCUGAGAGAUUCUGAAACUUUGGAAACCAGUAAUACUCUAAUCAGUGACAGUUGGUAACUGUACAGCUUCUUGAAGAACCUGCCAUUCUGACCAACAUGUAACAGUCACGAUUUGUCCUUGAUUGGUGGUGAAAGAUGACGUCUUUACAGUUUGGCCAUUGGUCCUAGUAUAAUGGUUUAUUCUCCACUUUUGACUGCACAUGCAGGGACCUCAAAUAGCACAAUUGUCAAUUCUGAACAUACCUAUUUCAACUCUUCAGCACAUGCUGUAAUUCACAAUGAGAUGGAACUCUCUGUUGCUGAAGGAUCUGCCACUUACAAAACUGCAGAAGGUAAUUCCAUGGAAAACAGCACAGCAAUUCCCACUCAGUCAGUCUAUGGGGGGAUAGGCCUUCCUGUGCAGAUCUUCCUUUCUGCCGUUCUAGUGGUAAUAGCUUUAAUUUCUUUCCUGGGAAACUUUAUUGUCUGUCUCAUGGUCUAUCAGAAAGCAGCCAUGCGAUCAGCUAUUAAUAUCCUUCUGGCAAGUUUAGCCUUUGCAGACAUGAUGCUUGCUGUAAUGAAUAUGCCCUUUGCGCUCAUCACUGUUAAUACUACACAUUGGAUCUUUGGUGAUAUUUUUUGCAGAGUGUCUGCCAUGUUUUUCUGGCUUUUUGUGAUAGAGGGAGUUGUUAUCUUGCUUAUAAUUAGCAUUGAUCGCUUUCUCAUCAUAGUUCAACGUCAAGACAAAUUGAACCCCUAUCGUGCUAAGCUGCUCAUUGCCAUCUCAUGGGGUAUGGCUUUUUGUAUGGCCUUUCCCCUUGCCGUUGGUAGUCCACAUCUGCCAGUGCCACCUCGCGCUCCACAGUGCGUAUUUGGAUAUUCUACAGAUUCUGGUUAUCGGGCUUAUGUUUUGUUAAUAAUAAUUAUGUUCUUCUUCAUCCCAUUCAUGCUGAUGUUGUACUCUUUCAUGGGUAUCCUCAACACGGUCCGGCAUAAUGCCAUUCGGAUCCAUAGCAGCUCAGAUAGCAUUUGUUUGGGCCAAGCCAGUAAGCUUGGACUCAUGAGCCUGCAGAGACCCUGCCAACUAAGCAUUGACAUGAGCUUCAAAACACGUGCCUUCACUACCAUCCUGAUCCUCUUCAUUGUCUUCACCUUCUGCUCAGCGCCAUUCACCACAUACAGCCUUGUUUCUACUUUCAGCAGUAGUUUUUAUCAUAAAGGUAACUUUUUUGAGAUAAGCACGUGGCUCCUUUGGUUAACCUACCUCAAAUCUGCACUCAACCCAUUAAUUUACUAUUGGAGGAUUAAAAAAUUCCGUGAUGCUUGCUUAGAGCUGAUGCCAAAAACCUUUAAGUUCUUGCCACAGCUGCCAGGACGUACUAGAAGGCGAAUUCGUCCAAGUGCCAUUUACGUUUGUGGAGAGCAUCGAUCUGUGGUUUAAGAUAGAAGACCUGAUAUUUUGUUUUAAAUAUCUUCUUUACUGCCAUCACACAACUUGCCAAUUAAUUUCCCCAAGAUUUCCUCCUUCUUAAAAACACAAAAUUUUAAAUAUAGAUGGAGCUACAUUCUCUGUAGUUGCAAACAUUUCUUUAAAAUAGUGAAUGAAUGUUUUUACUGUGUAAAUUUGAAACUAAUACCCGUGCAAUUUGUAUACUUUUUGGAUACUUUGUAAAAUUCAGUCAAGCUCUGCUUCAAAGCUUGUGAAUUGUUGUUCAUUGGUUUGAUGCUGCUAACUUUAGUGAGAAUGUGCAAUUCAGUGUCUUGUGUUCUGACCACUAAAUGGACUGACCUUUAUUAUUAAUAUUAAUUAAGCACAAUUGACCUCUCAGGCUUUAUAAAGACAAAAAUGAGCACUAUAUGUUAACUACUUUAUUUCUGAUUUUCCCUGGAAGAAACAAAAAAUGCUUGGUUUAUGAAAUUAUUUUAAGAACUAGAGAUCAUUUGGUCUGCUGCUGUGCAAUUGAGAAUUGAUAUUUAACACAACGUAAUACAUGUAGUUAGCUUGUUUCACUGUAACGCAUAAGAAUAACUUUAUUUUUACAUAGAACUGCUUGAAUGAGUGUUUUAUUGCCAACUUGGUCCAUGCAGUACACUCAGGGAAUAAUGAAUUUAUUAUGAAGAAUUAUCCAAUUUUCAGUUCUGGUGUGGGUUGAUUUUGCUUAAAAAUCAUGUGGUUCUGUACAUUUGCAUAAAUAUCAGUAAUAACUUAAAGAUACAUAUACUCUGGAAAUAUGUAAAAGAGAAUUGUGGUUUAAAAUGUUUCUUUAUUCAGAGCAAAGAAGAGCUUUCUUAGUCUAUAUUGUGUUGGAUAGUGUUUUAUUAUCUGUAGUAAUUUACAUAUUUGGUUUCCAAGAUUAUGCUGAAAACACCGUUAUUAUUAAUAAUGACAAGUUAUAUUUGUGCUUUUUCUUAAGCAGCACAAGUUGGCCUGUGCAGUUAGGAAUGAUUGUCUUUUGAUUAAAAGUGAGGGCAGAACUUUGGUAACCUUGCUUGUAAAUUCCAAGUACAGAAUGUAAUCAAUUUUUAAAAUUUUAAUUAGUUUCAUUUCUGUGUGAUCCAUAUUUCUUUGAGAGUUUUCAAUAGAUCAAUUUAUAUAAUUGUUUUGUAAUUGCAUGCACAUACAAACUUAAUGUUUGAAACUUAUUUCUGGAUGGUCCUUACUAGAUACUUUGUGCUGUGAUCACUUGCUUAGCAGGGACCAAUCAACUCUGCAAUAUUACGUUCCUGAACAAAUAGCAGACAUUAAAGAAAGAAAGGAAAAUAAAGAAUUGCAUUCAUAUGGCACUUGUCAUUGCCUCAGGACCUCCAAAAGUAUUUGCAACCAAUUAAAUACUGUUAAACAAAAAGUGAAAAACCGUGGAUGCUGGAAAUAUGAAACAAAAACAGAAAUUGCUUGAGAAACUCAACAGAUCUGACCGCAUCUGUGAAGAGAAAGCAGAGUCAAUGUUUUGGGUUCUGUGACUAUUCUUCAGAAUUCGGUUCAGAAAUUCUGUUGAGUUUCUCCAGCAAUUUCUGUUUUUGUUUAAGUACUUUUAAAUAUAGCCAUUAUUGUAGAAACUUCAGCAUCUAAUUUACACUUAGCAAUGUCCCACAUCAGUAAUGGUGGUAAUAACCAGAGAAUCGGUUUCAUUGAAGUUAAUUAAGAAGCACAGGUGGGCCAGGCUGAUGAACUGCCCUGCAUUUCUGUAAAUGGUAGCAUGGGAUCACGGGACAACAAACACGAUCUUACUUUUAUUUCCUGUCAGAAAGAUAGUGUCUCCAAUAAUGCAGGAAUCCCUCAAUCUGUACUAAAAUAUCAGCCAAAAUAUUGUGCCCCACUGUAGAGUGGAACUUGCAUGCACAACAGUCUGACUAGAGUUGAAUAUACAGCACUGAACCAUAGUUGCCACUUGCACCAAUGUGGAAAGUCUCACAAAUAUAAGUCAUUCUAAUUAUUCAUGCAUUGUAAAGGAAUGUUCAAAUAAGUCGGAAUAUUAACCAAGUUAGAAGUUUGACUCUGGCUAAGCCUUAGGCUAUUGGACGAAUCUAAGAAUUAACCUGUGAGCAUUCUGCUCCAGAGAGGUUAUUAUAUGAAUCCCAAUCAGUACUUUGCGUUAAUCCCCAAUUCUAUGGAAGCUGUAAAUUUAAACACAAAGUCAUGAAAAUAAUAGUGGUAUUGCUAUGACAUAUCUUCCAUAAAACUCUUGUUUCUAAUCUCUUGCUGGAACCAGUUAUCUCAGUCAGCUGGGGGUCUAGUUUUUUGAGUAGUUCUUUACAUGGCUGGGAGAACAUUGUGGGAUGUUAACUUCUACCCAUCCUCAACCCUAUUGAAGAAACCAGUAAGUGUGGCUGAAGACUCCCAGGUACGUUAGUUGCUGGGCCUGGAAAUAAAUUGUUAAUGCCCUCAUACAGAAGACUACCUUGAAGUCUUAUUUUAAACAAAAAGCUUUAUUUUUAUUCUUUCAUUGGAUGUGAGCAAGGCCAGUGUUUGUUACCUAUCCCUGGUAACCUUUUGAAAAUGUGAUCGUAAGCUGUCGCCUUGAGUGACUGUAGUUGGUGAAGUUAAAAUAUUUCCACAGUGCUAGUAAGGAGAGAGUUCCAGGAUAUUGGCACAGUGACAAUGAAUGCAUAGUGACAUUGUUCCAAGUGGGAUGGUGUGUGACUUGGAGUGGGGCUUGCAGACAGUGGUGUUCCCAUGCAUCUGUUUCUCUGUUCCAUCUAGGUAAUGGAGCUUGUGGGAUUGGUAGGUGAUGUUGAAGGUACUUGGUGAACUGCUGCAGUGCAUUUUGUAGAUGGUACCGUUUCUGUGAAUUGAUGUUGGAGACUGAAUGUUUAAAUUGGUGGAUAGAGUUCAGAUCAUGUCAGUGGUUUUGGCUUAAAUGGUAUUGAACAGCUAGAUAUAAAAGAGACCUACGGGGCAACGUUUUCACACUGAGGGCGGUACGUGUAUGGAAUGAGCUGCCAGAAG